UGACAGAUGGAGUAAAACAACAAAAACACCAGCCCUUAGUCAACAUGAGCAAGAGGAAAGUAACAGAGGAUAUCCGGUGCUUUUUUGGUGCAAAAAAGAGGUUUACGAUGAUGCUAGCUGCACAGUGAGUUGGUUCACAGACUUGGCCUAAGAGACAAAGCACUACCGAUGAGCUGUUGACGCUCAAACGCGUCUGGAUUUCAGAUUCUAUAAAUUCUAGGAACCCGCUGCAAAAUGAGUCCAGAGGGGAAGGCACUUUUGAACAUCAUCAUCCUUGGCUUUGGGUUCAUGUUUAUGUUCACUGCUUUCCAAACAUGUGGAAAUAUAGAGCAAACCAUCAUCACGAGCUUUAACAGCUCUGAGUUCCAUGGUACUGGAUAUACAAGCAUGUCCAUUAUCUAUGGGGUUUUCUCUGCAUCCAACCUUAUUGCCCCUUCAGUGGUGGCUGUCAUAGGACCACAGCUAUCCAUGUUCUUCAGUGGAUUAUUGUACAGUGGGUACAUUGCCAUGUUCAUUUACCCUUACACCUGGAGCUUCUAUACAGCCUCUGUGUUUGUUGGAAUUGGAGCAGCAGUGCUGUGGACAGCUCAGGGAAAUGUGCUAGCUAUCAACUCCACUGAUUCCACCAUUGGAAGAAACAGUGGUAUAUUUUGGGCCUUGUUGCAAUUCAGUUUAUUCUUUGGAAACUUGUACAUAUAUUUCGCGUGGCAUGGACAUGUUCACAUAACAGAAAAAGACCGUCAGACAGUGUUCAUCUCUCUCACGGUCAUCAGUCUGGUUGGUUGCUUCCUAUUCUUUCUGAUCCGGAAGCCCGAUCCCGAGGCUGCGUCCUCCGAGGCGUCAGAGUCCCUGCUGCAGACCGAUUCCCUCGAGAGCAGCUCUGUAGCCGGAACGCCCAGCAGAGUCCUCCUCUCCCAGGCUGUGGAUGCUUUUGUCAAAGCAUGUAAACUGUCAGUCACCAAAGAGAUGCUGUUACUGAGCACUUCCAUUGCAUACACAGGUUUGGAGUUGACCUUUUACAGUGGAGUUUAUGGGACGUGUAUUGGAGCCAUGACACGGUUUGGGAAAGAUGCCAAAAGUUUGAUUGGCGUCUCAGGGAUUUUUAUUGGCUUGGGAGAGAUUUUGGGAGGUGGCAUGUUUGGGAUGCUGAACAAGUGCAACCGGUUUGGGAGGAACCCGGUGGUGAUCCUGGGGCUCAUCACCCACUUUGUUGCAUUUUACCUGAUUUUCCUCAACAUCGCCUGCGACGCUCCUAUGGCCCCAGAGGAAGGAACAGAUCUACAGGCCUACAUCACUCCCAGUGUUGAGGUGGCAUUGCUGUGUAGCUUCCUGCUGGGCCUGGGAGAUAGCUGCUUCAACACUCAGCUGCUCAGCAUUGUGGGUUUCAUGUUCCGUGAAGACAGCGCCCCCGCCUUCGCCGUCUUCAAGUUCAUUCAGUCCAUCAUGGCAGCUCUGGCCUUCUUCUACAGUAACUAUCUGGUGUUGCACUGGCAGCUGCUCAUCCUGGUGGUGGUUGGUUUCCUGGGCUCGUUGUCCUUCUUUGCGGCUGAGUGGCAGGUGGUGUCCAGCAAGCGGAACUCGGACUAUGACAGCAUCUGAUUACUACAUAAGCAGGGGGGCUACAGUCAAAAGUACCAUUUGCUGUUAAAGGAGUCGUUCGGCAAUUAUUCCACGUCCGGGGAAUAUCCCAGCUUCCUCUUGGAUGGCUUCCUGGCUGAACAACCUCAGUCUCUAAAAGCUAGACCAACAUUGUAAUGUCUCUAGUUUCUGGAGAGCCAUCUAGUCUGCAAUACCAUUGAUACUGUUUUUUUUUUUUUAACUGAAGUACAAGGGACCGUGUCAGAACUGUGUUUCACACUAAGCUACAUGGAACAAUUAGAUUUCUGCAGAGAGGAGCCUUGAUUAUCCACAUCUGUUAGCUCCCCUCUUUCCUUUACUUAUCUAUUGUCCUGUAACUUAUAGAAGAUGUUCAGCUGAUAUCAUAUUGUCCUUGCUGGUGUGCAGUAUAAAACUCAGCUGUCACGACUUAGAGACUGCUGUGAAACGCCAAAGUUGCCAAUUUCACUGAGUAAUUUGCCAUCACAAUGAAGGUCUUCAUUUGAACUGAAGUGUGCGGGUCUGAUGUAUACAGCGGACAUGUUUAACAGUCUAAUCAGGCCUUGCAUUACUUGUGCCAUCUAACUGUGCAAGGAUGUACGCUCUAAGACACCAAAUGGAAAAAUGAUCAGGAAGCUACAUUUCAACUCCCAGCUCUACAUUUGUGUUUGCCAUUAUAAAAUCCAUGUCUACCCCGGUAUGUGUACUGUGUGGUAAAUGUUUACCUUUCUUUCUUUGUGAUUGGGUUUAAUUAUGUACUAUUUAAAUGGUUUAGUCCGGAGAUCCUGCUGGCUAGUGGGUGCCUGUUGUCUUAAGGAAACUCUGGCUCUGCAUUUCAUGGACCGUUGGGUGGUUUAAAGAGUGCAACUGCAGUGGGAGCAGAAGAAAUCAACUGAUGCUGUGUUUGGGUUGUGUCCAAGAAUACAGUCCUUUUCUUUUCCUUGGCCCCUUUCUUACCCCUCUCUCUUUACGCUCAUUGUAGAUUAUGAAGGAACUGAAUCUUAGUGUCACUUUGGGAACAAGAGGCACCUUGAGUUUUUUUUUUGUCUUCAUAACACACGGGUUGCUGCACAGUUAGAGUAGUAAAUGCCAAUUCUGACAUAUUUAUAUUUCUGACAAUUUUCACAUCAAAUACACUAUUUGAAUUGUAUGAGCAGUGUCAGAAACAUGUCUUCUCAUAAUGUUUUUUUUUUUUUUGGACAGGGCACAAGAUAAACUACAUUUAGCAUGCUGGUUUUUUUUUAUUGUUGUUGAAAAUGUAAGUUGAUGAAUCACCCUCUCUGAGGGCCAUGUGUUGUUUGUUGUAAUGCAGAUUGGAGCUGAAGAUCGGUUUGGCUCAAGGUGUGUUUACAUAGUAUAGAGUACCACAACUGGGUUGGAUGCAAUCUGUCAAUCUCUCGGGACAUUAAGGGAAUCAGAUGUUUAGACCUACUAUGAAGAUGAUUUUAUACUUGAAUGUAAUAAUAAUUGAGGAUGACAACUGGAUUUUCAUGCUUUUCUGUUUUUAUUAGCAAUAAAAUGUUUUGAAUGUUUACUUUUUACAUUUUCCAGAUGUUCUAGACAACAGGCUGGCAUCAUAUAAAACGACUUCUCGAAAGGGGUCUAGUUGAGGUUAGGUUCACCUCAGAUUUGGUUUUACUCAAAUCGUAUUUAUAAAAAAAGUCUUACACUCUUGCUCAACUACCCGAGGGAGGAUCUCGGGGGUGGACAAAAGGGGAAUAAAGCCGACUU